AUGGGAUUUUUUAAAAGAGUUGUUGCUAAAAAUGGGGUUUCAUCAAACGUGGGUGCCCCUGGUUAUGAGGUGUAUCACAUCGGUCCGCUUCACAGUGCUCUUAAAUGGCAAGUCCGGGAACCCUUUCAAGCCGUCCAGGGGUAUAUUGAAUUCUUAUUGUCAAGCCUCAGGGCAGGGAAGUAUUUGGGACUUCCAACGAUGUGGGGCAGAUCAAAGCGUGAGGCGAUGAACUAUGUGAAAGAAACAAUGAUGGGCAAAGUGGAGGGUUGGAAGCAGAAACUGCUCACUCAGGCAGACCGUGAAAUCCUCAUUAAAGCUGUGGCCCAAGCAAUUCCCACCUACCCCAUGUAUGUGUUCCUUUUCCCAGGAGGUCUUUGUAGAGAGUUAGAUGGGAUCCUAGCUAAAUUCUAG